AUGCUCAGCGAUGUGCCAGCGUCCUACAUAAAGAGUGUGGGACAGGGAGACUGGGCAGCACAUACAGCAGAGAGAGAGGCUGGAGUGGAAAAAAAGGACGACAUUGAUACAGGACGAGAGAUGGUGAACUCCGGAGGAAGCAUUCCUGCUGCAGUCUAUGUGGCCAACCUUUGCGUUGCACUUUGUGUAGGAGCUGCUCUGAAGUCAGAUGUGGUGUUGGAGAACAGUGCUACCACCCUGAACCAUUCAAUGGCGCUGGUGCAGCGCAUGGAGGCCCUGCUGACCCAGGGCAACGGCAGCGACGUGAUCCUGCGCGUUCAGACCUUAAACACGGACGAGGUGAAGGUCAUCCAGGUCCACUCGCUGGUGUUGACUCUCCAGAGCGACGUUUUUGAUGAGCUCCUGCAGACCAGAAACUCCACUGCGAUGAUCCUCAGAGAGACUCCAGACUGUGCCGCUGUCUUUGAUAAGUUCAUUAGGUACUUAUACUGCGGAGACAUCACAGUGCGUCUGAACCAGGCCAUUCCUCUUCACAAGCUCGCCAGCAAGUACCACGUGUGGGACCUCCAGCAGGGCCUCACCCAGUACAUGAGCCAGCACCUGUCCAGUGACUCGCCCGCGGGUCACGUGGUGAGCUGGUACCAGUACGCCACGCAGAUCGGGGACGUGACCCUGCAGAACAGCUGCCUGCAGUAUCUGUCCUGGAACCUGUCGUCGGUUCUGCAGAGCGCCGAGUGGAGCUCCGUGAGCGAAGAACUGCUGCUCACCUUGCUCCAGCGUUCGGACCUGGUUCUGCAGAGCGAACUGGAGCUGUAUGAAGCCCUGGAGGCCUGGAUCAAUCAGAACCAGCCUUCGGGCGAGACGGCCGAGAGCGCGCUCAAAGCCAUACGCUACGCCAUGAUAUCCCCUCAACACUUGUUCCACCUGCAGAAGAAGUCGCCUGUGAUGUUGAAGUAUUACGAAACGGUGCGCGAUCUUCUCUUCCUCGCCUUCCAGUUCCACGCAGCCUCACCCGUCCAGCUCGCGAAGUACUUCGACGUGAACUGCAGCCUCUUUACGCCUCGUAACUAUUUGUCGCCAGCAUGGGGCUCUCCGUGGGUCAUCAACAACCCAACGCGGGACGAUCGCAGCUUCAGUUUUCAGACUCAGCUCGGACCGAGCGGCUACGACGCCAGCAAACGCGUGACCUGGAACGCUCUUUUCUCUCCUCGCUGGCUUCCUCUAAGCGUGCGAUCCGCUUAUCCGGAGCAGGGCUCCCUGCAACCCACUCGUACCGAUGGAGGGCGUCCGCGGAUCAUCGUCACCCCCGCCACCUCCAGCCCAGACUUUGCCGGCGUCAGCUUUCAAAAGACUGUCAUCGUUUCGGCCCGGAAGCAGGGGAAGGUGGUGGUCCGUCACGUCUACAACUUCCACCAGAGCACGGAAGAGGCGGGAGACUUCCUGCUGGAAGCGGACCUGCAGCGUAGAGCGUCUGAGUACCUCAUUGACAGCUCGCUCUACCUGCACAUUAUUGUGAAACCCCUCUAUCACAGCCUCAUCGUAGCGAAAAAGUAAACCGAUGGUUUCUGGUGCCCAAUAUCUUUGAAAGCCAGUUUUUACAUGCACAAAUAUAUUUACGUAUACGGAUUUGGCAGGUGUUAAGUUGCAUUCUGGUGUGCAACACCCAGUUUUCACCAUUCAAGCAAUUCCCAAUGGACAAAAUCAAAGUCCACCCUUCUUUUUCUGCUUUAAUAUCCUGUUUCACUUUGGAUAUUGCAGAGUUAAAAUAGGUUGUGUGUGGUUACUUUAACAAGCUAUUUUUAGCAUGAAAGCUCACCCUAAUUUAUUAGCACUUGGAAAUCACAAUAGUCACAUUUGUAACAUGUUUGAGUUCAGAUUAUCAUCUAAGUUGUGCGGUGAGCAUGCAUGAGUCCAUAAAAUGAAUUUUUUUUUUUAAAAUCUUAAAAAUUGUUUUUUUUGCAUAAUUAAUGCAUUUGCAAGCAUUGUCUUAUGUAAUACUCUUAUUUCAUCACUUAUGUUGCAAUUCAUGUUCAUUUUCAUUAAAAUCACAAUUUAUGAAC